AUGGAGGGUGCCCACCGCGGCGGACGCCGCGUGAAGGGUGGCGUCGUGGGCAGCAAAAGCGAGGCGAGCGCGCGACAGAAGCGUGCGCAGUGUGGCGCUGCGGCGUCGGGCCGGCGAGGGCAAGCCGUGCAGAUUGCCCGUGCAAAGGUAGCGGAAGCUUCGAGCGAGGAUAAGGCUGUCGAGGAGGAGGUAGCGCGAGCGAUGCAGCAAGGCAAUGGCCUCGUGCAGGCGACGCUUGAGCACCUCGAGACGGCUGAGCGGUCGUGGGAUAGGUUCGUCGAGCUGGGCGGCGAGGUGAUUGACGGGUAUCCGAGCGAGCGCGGGGUGCGGCGCAAGGGCGUGCAGAAAAAUGCGGUUCGCAACUACGUCGCUGAGAUGGCCAACAACCUUUGGCAGACAAAGUACCCCGGGUUCGGCGAGCUGAGCGUGGCAGCGCGGCGUGAGUACUGGUCGACGAUCUUCCGGGCGUACAAAGCCAUGUACGCGUCCGCGUCCGCGCCAGCUGCGACCAUGGAGGACGAGGAGCGCGCAGAGCAGCUUGUGGCGCAGACCGAGGAGGUGUACAAGCGGCAGCACGUGUACCGCACGGAAAUCUUCCAGCUGCAGGACCUCUUCAUCGGCGAGCAGGAGAGCAUCGAGAGCGUGCACGAGGACCUCAUUACGCAUUCGGCGUUGGCCAUCAUGCAGAGCUCGGCGGCACGCAUCGGCAUGAUGGCGAAGACGCGGCACGAUGAGCGCACCGUGCGAUGGAAGAAGGAGAACCCGCUGCGCGUGCGUGAUGUGGUGCACAAGGUGCGCAAGCUCGUGUUGACAAAGGCCACGGGCGUGUGCGCUGGCGAGGCGACGUCACAGAUGCAGCUCAACUGGCGACGGGUGAAGAAGGAGUACUUCUCGUGCACAGGGGCGAUGGAAAUCGAGCAAUCCUAUGGCGCUCGCCUCUCUUUCCGCGCUGACCCGAUCUAUCACGUGGAGAACUUCAAGAUCAUAGACAUAGAGAGCGGGCAAGAGCAGCGUUAG